ACGUCCGGCUUCCCUGUCAGCUCGUGUCUCCUUGGAGCCGCUGAGGAAGGGUUUUCCUCGGACUUUGUCCUCCAUCACUUCCUCCUUGGCACCAAUGGGGGUCAGGGCCGCGCGCUGGGAGGAGCCGGCCGCUCAGGUGCGAUGCUGCAGCGGCCAGUGAGAGGCUGCUGCUCGGGGCUUCCUGCAGCGGGGGAGCAACGAUGGUCACGGAGCCGAAACUUUGCCACGCAUGUCCGGCUGGCUGAAGAAGUUCUCUGCGGCUGAUGGGAUCGUAGCAGCGGUCACUUUGUUUCCUUGGUUUCCUUCCGGACCGCCCCUGCGCCUCUCCCCAGCCCGGCGGCGGAGGGCCCAUGGGGGCCAAGCAGAGCAGCCCCUCCGCUCCCUCUCCCGCUAACGGCCGGACCAGAGCCUACUCCGGGUCGGACCUGCCCUCCGCCAGCAGCGGCAGGACCACCAGCACCGCGGAGGGGGUCCGGUACCGCGCACAGGGCACGUCCAGAGCCUCCGGAGCCGCGUCCAGCUCCGGCCAGCCUCCCGGAACCAGGCCCACGUCCGCGGGCGGCUCUUCGGGUCCAGGUUCCGGAGCCCGGUCCGGUAUCAGCAUCCCGAACAGCGGAGGAGUCCGGAGUUCACCGGAGUCCGGCGGCAGCAGCCCGGAGGAGGCGGACCAGGACCGGACGAGGCACGGAGGGGCCCGGCUGGUGAUCGGAUCUUUACCCGCUCACCUGUCGCCUCACCUAUUCGGAGGUAAGUGGGUCGGUGUGCUGACCCGGUUCGGUUCAGGAACCUGCGGCUCGGUUGUUUGGACUUUAACAUGUCGCCUGAUGAGACGUCCAACAGGUGUCAUUCAGCUGGUUCUGGAAGGGGCUGGUUCUGGAAGGGACUGGUUCUGGAAGGGGCUGGUUCUGGACGCGGUAACUGCUGUUUAGGGUUAGUUCUGCUGCUUUCUAGAGUCUGGCCCAGGAACCUUUCAGUCUGGUUAUGGUUCUGUUCCCUGUCCGGGUCUUGGACCCUAACCAGACCCAGACCCUGGCCUUCCCAAGGUUCUGUUGGGUUCACCUCUGAGGCCACAAACAGGAUGGUGGCCGUUGGACCCGGUUCCACUCUGCUGGUUACUGAUUGAAUGGCUUCUGGAGAUCAUUCAGUGACCCGGGUUUUAUUGGCACGCUUAAUCAGUUUAUUGCCAGUUUCUCUCAUCAGAACCAGUAAAGGAGCUUUAGCUCUGAGGAUUUCUGGGAAAAACUGACCAACCAGGAGCAGAGUGUGACCUUUGACCCAAAUACCUCCAGGCAGAACAUGUGUGGGAUUGGCAGGCUGAUUGGUGGGUUCCGAUGCCGGCUGAUUGGUGGGUUCCGAUGCCGGCUGAUUGGUGGGUUCCGAU